AUGCUUUUUAAAUCCUUCUCCCCGCUCCUCCUCCUCUUCUUCCUGCUGCUGCUGCUGUCUCCACAGGUGUGGAGCUAUGAGGCUCCGGAGGAUAAGCAGGAUGUGUUUGCUCAGAAAGCCUGUCCUGCCUUUCUGACCUUCAUCAACGCUGCCUACCUGGCAGGAGUCACCGUGGAGCUGCCGUGCCACUGCAAACCCCAACAGGUCCAAUCGGUCGUCUGGUUCUUUAGGAAACAUUUGAGCACCUCCGAGGAGACCAGAGCCUUGACAGAUCACCAUGGCAACAAGCUGCUGGACUCCAGUCAGGUUCCUCACAGCGGCGACCUGUGGAGUCGAUUCUCCAUCCGGCUCUUCAGCCUGCUAAUCUUCAGAGCGGGACCAGGCGACUCGGGCAUCUACAUUUGCGGCUCCGCUCACCAGGACUUCUUCUAUGGUUAUGACCUGGACAUCCAGGAAGCUCUCACGCUCAGCAUCGCUCCGAGACUCACUGCGGAAAGGAUGAACAAGAGAAGACAAGAGGCUGAAAGACUCGCUUCUUCUCAGCCGCUGUACCGAGUCUUCACCAGCUACCGGCCCUGGUCGGUGUGCGAUCGCUGUGGUGUUCCAGGAGAGCAGGUCCGCGUGGGACUCUGCUACAUCCACUCCCGCUACCUGCAUGUGCGCUACAGACGGGCCAAUCAGACGGUGGCUUCAUGCGGGUCGGGGGCCGUUCCCAGAGCUUUUGGCCUCCUGAAGCAACGCAAAACUGGAGCUAAGUUGAGGGUCAAGAGCUGUCAAGUGACUUGUCCAACUCAACCCCCUCCAUCUUCCAAACUCCUCGCUCUGCUGACAUUUCUUGGAUACAGUUCUGCCUCCUUGCCAGCGAAGGUGUUCUACCUGAGCCACCCAGCGGGCCAAGUUCUCAUCCUGAGGUGCCACGGGGCGCGUCCCAACAUGGCCGUGGCCUGGGAUCAAGGAUCUACACCCAUCUACCGAUCUGAGCACUUAGUAGGCGGGAACCCCAGCGCCCCGCCUUCCAGGCUGAUGAUAGACACCGGGCACCACCUCGUGUUUCAACCGGCAAAAAUUCAAGACUCAGGCGUCUACUACUGCUGGCUGCAGGGCCGCCGGGCCACUCAGAUACAUCUGCUGGUUUAUGUCCACCUGGGGCGUGGCCAGUCAGCGUUUUCACAUCCCGACUUCCCAGCGGCUGUGAGGACUGUGUUCGAGUCAUAUGCUGCCAUGACCGCUGUGUUUUGCUUGCUGGUAUGCUUCAGAGCUCUAGUCAGACACCUCAGAGCUGAAGAAACACACGAGGAUUAA